AUGGACCCCCAAAGAAUCAUUAGAUUGCAGAAGUUGUACCAAAACUCCAACCAGAAAUUGUGGUACAAAGGCCCUCGUGGUAAGCUCUUGGUUUGGCCUUACUAUGCCCUCUUCACUGCUUCUACUGCUUACACCUUGUACUACGCUGGUAGAGCCAUCGCCGGUCUCAAGGCUGACGAUUAA